ACUGCUUAGAAUUGAAACACACCCAUCGAUCCCCUCUCUCUCUCAUCUAUAUAUCUCUCUCUCUCUCUCAUAGUUAAGGCCAAUAUUGAAGAUCCAUUGAAGAAGCAAAGGCAGCCUCUUAUCAUCACCCCCCAAAGCAAGUCUUCUCGGUACUUUAACUCGUGUCUGACUCACGAGACGCAGAGCCAAAGCACAUACAAAACAACUGAUCACAAGACUCACAAGAAAGCAGAGGCUCCUGCCUAAUCCCACUGAAAAAAAAAAGGGAGAAAAAUCACCGAAUUAUGGAGACUCCAACGAAGAAGAAAAGCGUAGAGCACGGACAGGUUAUGGACGGUUCGGAUAUAAUGGAGUUGGUUGGGAACGAGGCGGUGUUUAGCAACUUCGUGGACCAUAAGUUCCAGGAGCUCGAUAGGGAUAGAGAUGGUAAGCUCUCUGUGAAGGAACUUCAGCCUGCUGUUGCUGAUAUCGGUGCUGCUUUGGGUUUGCCUGCUCAGGGCACUUCUCCUGAUUCCGAUCACAUUUAUUCUGAGGUCUUGAAUGAAUUCACACAUGGCAAACAAGAAACAGUGAACAAGACUGAGUUCAAAGAGGUUCUUUCGGACAUUCUGUUAGGCAUGGCUGCUGGGUUGAAGCGAGAUCCUGUUGUGAUUCUCCGGAUUGAUGGAGAAGACCUGCUUGAAUUUAUCACGGGACCAACUUUUGAAGCAGAUAUUUUGUCCACAUUUUCGCAGAUAGACUCAAAUGAUGGAUCAUCCCUCCGUGACUAUAUAAUUAAGGCUUUGGAAAAACUUAGCGUGGAUCAAGGGAUGCCCCCUUCUUCGGAUUCUUGGGUUAUGGAGAACAUUGUGCAGCCAGUAUUGCAAUCCUGUCCUAUCCAUGAUUCGGACAAGCCGGUCUCUCAAGAAACAUUCUUGUUGGAGUUCAAGAAAGUAGCUGAGUGUGUAGCUCAACAUCUCAAAGAGCAGCCUGUGAUUGUUGCCCACACUGAAAACACCUUUGAUGGAAGUGGCGUUAAGAGAUUAUUAUCCAACAAGUUUGAAUUAGACAAGAUAUUCAAUACAGCUCUAGAGAGUGUGCCAAAGGAUCGUACAGGAAAAUUGUCCAAGGAUUAUCUGCGAGUGGCGCUGGAUUCUGUUGCCCCAUCGGCUGGUCUACCUCCAGUUGGUGCUGUUGAAGAGAUAGACAAGAUUGUACGGGAUGUGUUUAAGAUGAUGGACGCAGAUGCCGUGAAGAUGGUUAAAGAAGACGAGUUCAAGAAAGUAUUGUCUGGAAUCCUGGGGAGUAUCAUGUUGCAACUAGAGAGCAACCCCAUUUCAGUUUCUACAAAUUCAGUCGUGCACCAGCCCGCUGCCUCUUCUUCUACACUUUUGCAGCCAUCCUCCGAGUAAUACAGCACGGCUGUCUAUAUAUAUAUAUAUAUAUAUAUAUAUAUAUAUGAAGGCUCAAAAGAAGAACAAUAGAAUUUUGUUAGGAUAAUGAUUACUAGCAUAAUUAAGUUUGUGUAUUGUGCCGUUUAAUGGAGUAUAUAUAAAAGAUACCCCUUUUACCGUUA